UGUGAACUUAUAUAAAACAAUUACUUAUCGCAUGGUGAGACUUUGUGAAUUGUGUUCGCUCGUGAUUCGAUCUUUUAGGUUACACGUAUGUUACACAUUGUUUAUACUUACUUCAAACUAUUGCGAAUGUGCAAUAUCCUAACUAAUUAAAAUAAACAAUUACAUAAAAGAACAACUAUGUCUGCAUCACCAACUGCAAGGCAAGCGACUCAGAGCCAAAACAUACCUUCAAAACGAAUCGUUAUCAAUGAUCCUAGUCAGUUACCUACUGAUUAUUCAUCGACCCCUGGUGGAACGCUUUUUUCAACUACACCCGGAGGUACACGUAUUGUUUAUGAACGUGACUUCCUAAUGAAUUUACGAAAUUCUCCCAUAUCGAAGACUCCACCACGAAAUUUGCCAUCCAUACCUGAAAAAUUAUUAAAAAAAAUAUCAUCAAAUCCCUCAACACCAGCAAAAAAUCAAAUUAACAAAGAUACUCCAUUAAUUGAAGAAUCUGUGGAACAAUUUGAGAUGGAUAUGUAAUAAGUUGCGACUAUACUAUAUUCAUGUUGUGCCAACCAUUUUAAUGAAUAGUAAUAAUCAAUAUAAUCAUA